AUGACGGUGUCCAAGCUCAAGGCUGGCCUCCUGGCUGCUGUCGGCCUCACAGCCGCGGCGAUGGCGCAGAAAUUCCCCAAGGAGGACCUUGUCCUGUGCGAUUGCGGCAUCGGCGACAACAAGGAACAUGAAGACUGGUCCACGUCUCGUCAGAUGAACUGGUAUCAAGACAUCACCUGGCCUCGUUCCGGCUACACCUACCCCGAGGCUCCAGACAUGGUUGUCCAGGUUCCGUACAAGGACGGCAAGUAUCCCUGGGAGCCCACUGGCGUGACGGCUACCAUGCCCAACGGCCAUGUAUGGACUGCUUACAUUGAGGGUGGCACUCCCGACGGCUUCAAGGCUGGCUACGCCGUUAGCCCCAAGGAAGGUGGCCAGUUGCUUCACUGCUGGGCGUACCGUGGCCGCCCCGUGAGCGGAGCCACCAACAAGACGGUUAACCACGACGCCGUUUGCUGGAGCGCCUUCGUCUGCAGCCGCAGCAACAAGCCCCCUCCACGUCCCAAGGACAUGGGUUCUCGUACCUCCCUGACCACAUCCCCUGCCGCUCCGUCCACUUCAGUCUUCUCGGAGCCGCCGGCGACGCUGUAUCCGACGACGGUUUCUGGUCAUGCUGCUCCCACGCCGGUGCCUCGAGUCGGCAGUCUGUCGGUUUCGACGACGGUCAACCCGCGCUUCAUAAACUGGCAGGACACUUGGCAGGCAUUCAUCAAUCACUUUGUCUGGGACAAGAACACGGGAGGAUGCGUCGGCGGACCGGCUCAAGGCAACGGUUUCAGCAUCAGCUUCGAUUGCUUCGGUGUCCAGAUUGACGAGGACACGCACAUGACGCUGCUUCUCAUCAAGGCUCUCCGCGACGUCGGCGUCAACAGCCUCUGGUUCAACCAGAAUCCCAUCGUACCGGGGAAUGGCACGAGCACGCAACACCAAAGCUGGGUUGUCAUGCCGGAGUCGUUCACGAUUCAGGCAAAGGACUCGUCCAACAACAACGUCGUCGGGCGCCUGUCGUACAAGACGCGUUACGAUGGCUUCCUGGCUGGCACGUGUUCCGUCUGCGAGACGGGCAGAUUCAACAGGCAGUACUUUGACCCCAUCAUCGCCGCCGUUCAAGGCAGCUAUCCCGUCUACAAUAACUUCACCAUCGAAGCUCGGUGCGACCCCUGGAUGGUGUGUUUGUGA